ACGCUCUUCAAAUUCACGCCAAAUGCUAAUGAUGACAGCUGACUUCCGCUAAUCAGUGCCAUUGUUUUGAUUUCGGAGGUCUUCCUAUUUGUACAAAAGCUAACUUGUCGAGAUGGAGCAGAGGCCAUCCACAUCAAUGGGGUCGUUCCGAGAAGAAAUCUUACAUAGACUCGAAGCAAGAAACAUCGCGAUUCGACCAUGGGCUUCCAUAUUCAAAAAUUACAGUCUCAUGUCAGACGACUUGAUCAGGUUAAGAAGAAGAUACGACCACCAUCAAAGAUUGGAAAAUGACUCUUCAGCGCCGGAAUCAUCAUCUGAUGAGCUCAAGCAGCUACGAGAAGAACUUGCAGAAGUCUACAAACAAAAGAGUCGGAAUGACCAGUCACUUAUCGAAGCUAAUCGGAAACUCGACGAGCAUGAUCGCACUAUCAGUGCUUUAACGAAAGAGAGAGACAAACUACUACAAGAGACUAAGAAGCUAUAUGCUCGAAUCAGUGAACUGGAAUGUGAACUCAAGAAGGCAUUGGAUGACAAACAGUCUUUGUACGAUGAAUGGAUAGCUCUUUCGGCAUUAUUAGAAACGAAAUCAAAUGAAUUGGUACAGCAACAACAGGAACGAUUAGUGCUUAUCAACAAAAUUCGUGACCUUAAUGAGCAACAUGCCAAUCUGUUCAACACGGAAGUAGAUCAACAACAAGAGCGGCGGCAGCGGCAAAUCCGAGAAGAAAUUGCCAGAGCAUGCGAGGAUACUUCUAGAGACGACAAAGUAAAUGCUGCGCUGCAACUAUCUAAUCUGCCCAUAGGCGAUGUUGUACUUGGUGACGCUGUCCCACGGGAGCUCUUAUCGAAAGUGGAGGUCAACGAUGGAGAGGUUUACGAUGUUUUGUGGCUUUCAUCCGACGUAUACGCUAGCUGUGGAAGUGAUAAGAGAGUACGCAUAUGGAAGGUAGAUCAAAGAGGGACUCCUGCAAAAAUUGCCACUCUGGUUGGUUGCAAUAAUGCAGUGACACGUCUUGACUUUGAUAGUGAUUCGCGACUUAUUCUCGGUGCUAGCAACGAUCAUGGAGUCAGGUUGUGGAAUGUGGAUAAUCAAAGGUUAAUGUGCUCAUUCAUGGGUCAUUCGGACAAGGUAUCAUCAGCUCGGUUUCUGUCAGCCCAUCAGGUUGUUUCUGGCUCAAACGACCGCUUAAUAAAGCUUUGGGACGUGAGGAGUCAAAGAUGUGUGCGAUCUGUAUUUCCUGGAUCUACUAUCCUUGACAUAGUUGGGUCUGAUAGAGCAGCAUCCUCAUUCAUCUCAGGCCAUUUCGAUAGAAAAUUACGGUUUUGGGACUCCAGAAAUCAAGAACCAGUGCAUAUCAUAGAGUUAGCGGGAAAAGUGACCUCUUUGAAUGUGUCAUCUGAUGGUAUUUAUCUGCUUUGCUCCACUAGAGACGACACUUUGUCCCUGAUUGACGUUCGAAAGUACCAGACUGUGCACAUCUACAGCGCCGAGCAAUAUCGUACAUCCAGUGAUCUGUCACGAUGUGUUCUCUCCCCUGGCAUGCAGUAUUGCGCUGCCGGAUCAUCCGAUGGAAGCGUUUUUGUCUGGAACAUACAAUCCACAAAGCUAGAGAAGGUGCUACAUAAAGGAGGACAUCAGCAUGCUGUGCUUUCACUCAGCUGGAAUCCGUCUGGUCAUGGUCUGCUGAGCGGUGAUAAGCAGAAAGUUGUUUGCAUGUGGAAAUGAACAGCAAUUUCUUUUCACUUCUGUAAAUCUGUGCUUUCGGAGUUCUUUCUAUAAAGUGUGCUUCUUAUAACUUUACUUCUGCUAAUGCAUUGC